AGUCUCUCCCAUGCCCACUCCCGCAAACCGGGGGUGGGCAGAGCUGGGCGGGGCAGGGGAGGUCUGGGGUCCGCCUGCCCCAGGAUCCCGGCUGUGGGGAGGAUGCAGUCCCAGCUCAGCCGCUUCGGUCGUUGCCUCGGUUUCCCUUUUCCUACCCUUUGAUGCACCUCCCCAUCCUCCCCACGGCGCUGCGGGUUCUGCCCGAGGGGGUUGCCCACCUGGCAUUCUCGCCUGCGCCUUUGUUUCCCGCCCGGAGGGAUGCUGGCAUCGGUCCCCUCCCCAGUUGGUGAUCCACUGGUCGUGGUCCAACAUGCAGAAGUGAGCGAGUGGCGAACAGCAGAGCCGAUGGGUCGCGAGGAUGUAAGCGCGUUUGGAGGCUUCCACACCCUCUACUCCAGGACAGAAUCAUGAAUAAACUGGAGGAUAAGCAGGACCAGAUGAUACCAUGAAGAGAAGUUUACAGGCCCUCUAUUGCCAACUGUUAAAGAUUGUGCUCUGGGAAACAGUUCCCAGUGGAGUCAUGGACCUCAUCAGUCCAGCUGUUGAACCAGUGAUCUCCGGACAUUUCUGGAACCCACCAGGCUUCCUCCUGACCUUGGCACUGACCGAAGCACUGGUACUUGCUGUCCAGGAACCAUCUCCCAGGGCAUCUCUCCAGGUCCUCCCCUCAGGCAGUCCCCCAGGCACCAUGGUGACAGCAUCCGACAGCCCUACAAGACCCUCCUCCACGGCUCUGAACCCCCAUCCCGAUGGACCCUCCUCACAGGCCGCAGCUACCACGGCAACGACAGCCCAUCCAGAUGGGCACCCUCCUACAAACACUGUUCCCACCAUCGUGGUGACAGCAACCACCCCCCAUCCCGAAAGGCCCCUGCAGCUCACAGGUUCCCCUUCAGUUCCUAUGGCAACCACACCCUCGCAUUCAGAGGGCCGCCCCCCAGGGGAGGCCGCCCCCACCAUCCUGCUGACAAAGCCAACAGGAGUCACCAGCCGGCCCACCGCCGCGGUCCCCCGGGCUACCACCCGCAGGCACCCCAGGCCCCCCGGCUCUUCCCGAAAGGGGGCUGGGGGUUCAUCGCGCCCUGUCCCACCUGCCCCCGGUGGCGGCUACUCUGGGAGGAGAGAAGGCCACCGAGGACGCAAUCAGAGCUCCACGCACCUGGGGCCAAAGCGACCCCUGGGGAAGAUAUUCCAGAUCUACAAGGGCAACUUCACAGGGUCUGUGGACCCCGAACCCUUGGCCCUUUCCCCCAGGACCCCACCCUGGGGGAACGCCUCUUCGCCACAGCCCCAGACAGUGGCUGUGACCACAGCAUCCGGAAGUACCUCGUGGGCACCCCCCACUACCCCUGCGGUGCCUGCAGAGGACAAGCCAGGCCUUAGCAGAGCAGACCAGGGGGGUGUCCCCACCUUCACCAGCCCAGGAGGGGAGCCGGUCGCCACCGCCACCUCAGGUGCCCCUGCCCGUCCACAACCUGCCCCAGUGCCUUCUCAACGCCCCCGAGGUGACGCGCAGGACAGCCCCAGCCACAGUGACUCUUGGCUUACCGUCACCCCUGGCACCAACAGACCUCCGUCUGGCAGCUCUGGGGUCUUCCCAGCUGCCCCGGGGUCCACCCAGGCUGCCUUUGAUGCCAGUGGCUCAGCCCCUUCCCAGGGGAUUCCUCAGGGAGCAUCCACAACCCCACAGGCCCCAGCCCGUCCCCCCGGGGCCUCAGAAAACACUGUUUCUCCAGCCGAGGAGGAGGCUGCGGCCUCCCCCACCGUGACCGACAGGGUGCCCAGUCCUCUCUCCACCGUGGUGUCCACAGCCACAGGAAACUUCCUCAACCGCCUGGUCCCCGCCGGGACCUGGAAGCCCGGAACAGCAGGGAACAUCUCCCACGUGGCUGAAGGAGACAAACCCCAGCACAGAACCACCAUCUGCCUGAGCAAGAUGGACAUCGUCUGGGUGAUCCUGGCCAUCAGCGUACCCAUCUCCUCCUGCUCCGUCUUGCUGACUGUGUGCUGCAUGAGGAGGAAGAAGAAGACAGCCAACCCCGAGAACAACCUGAGCUACUGGAACAACGCCAUCACCAUGGACUACUUUAACAGGCACGCCGUGGAGCUGCCCAGGGAGAUUCAGUCCCUGGAGACCUCCGAGGACCAGCUCUCAGAGCCCCGGUCCCCAGCCAACGGCGACUAUCGAGACACGGGGAUGGUCCUCGUGAACCCCUUCUGUCAAGAGACACUGUUCGUGGGAAACGAUCAAGUGUCCGAGAUCUAGCUGCAGCAGCCUUCACUCUGCCGUUCCCUAUUUUUCAUCUCUAAAUGAUAAAUAUACAAAUAUAUAUAUAUUAUAAAUAUAACCUUUGUGUAACCCUGACUUAAUGAGAAACAUUUUCAGCUUUUUUUCCUAAGAAUUGUCAACAUCUUUUUUAUAAGUGUGGUUUAAAAAUCAGAAAAAAAAAAAAAACUUUACAGAAUGACCCGUGGCUUUAUAAAAUAAAGGUAUUUCUAAGCAAAGCAGUGGCAUCAGUUGCUUCUCUUGAUAACUGUCUCUGAGCCCUCGGGGAGUCGCAGGAGCCCGGGCAGGUGAGGGAAGAGACCGACCUCCUGGACAAGCAGAAUGCUAAAGUGGUCAAGGGCAUCGUCUGUUGCCCGAUUCCUAAAGCUCUGGUUCCUUAGAUUCGAGACCCGUCUCCUCCCUCCUCAUGUGCACAUGCGUGAAGGGGACUGGGCCACCCAGGAGGAGCACGAGGUACAGCAUACUCAAACCAAAGCAGGAAAAGCGAAAAUGUCUUCACCCUGGAGGACAGGAACCCUGGGGACUCUCGGUGACACCACUGGAUGUCAAGUUCAAUGCCACCCAUGUCAUAGGCGGAGGCAGGAGCCGACCACACUCAGGAGAUCCGAGGAGGACAUGGAAGCAUCCUAAGGCGCCUGCCCUGUGAUCACCCCGUGGGUGCUCCCGCCAGGCCAACCACAGGACCUCCCGUCCCUGGAAGCCCCACAUCUGCAUCCCACAAUGUCGCCUCUUCUCUCAGGGAGGGUGUAGGCACAGGUCCCAACCCUGGAGCUUUAGAACCCUCGCCCUUCCUUAAGGAUCAGAUGUUCAUUGGGGUUUUCUCCAAAAGUGAUGAUGGUGUUGUGUCCCAAGGAACAGGUCUAAGGGCUUGCCACUUUUGAAACCUUCCUCCUGCACUCCUAAAGCAAACCAGAUUGCCAAAGCCAGCCACUUGGGAGAAGCCAGAAGCUGGUUCCGUCCACCCGCAGAGGUACUGCAGACCCUCUUGCCCCUUGGGCCCAAGGAUCUGCUAUGGGCUCUUCUUUUGCCCUCCUUUCUCUCUCCUGCUCCCUGCAUCCCGCCAGGCUGCCUCCGGACUCCCACGGUGCCCAGAGACCAGCACCAGUGAGGCUCAGACUCUCAGCCACACAAGAGGGGCUUCCAGAGGUGGCCGCUCCUCUGAUAUUUUCCUAAGAGUGGCUAGAAGAGAAGAGAACUGCUUUGACGCUUCCUUUCUCUAAAAAAGAAAAAUAGUUUGAUAGUCUAUUUUGAAUAUAGAUGUUCUUAUAGGCAGAUUGGGAAUUGAAAUUGAAUGUCGGUUCAUCCGUUUGUGUUGUUACUUACUGUGGUCUUCUUACCAUGACUUUCUCCUUCCCACCCACGUUGCCCUUUUUCAAAAAAAGCAAGAUGGCCUUCGAAAAUGUGUGUUCUCGAUGUCUGUAUGAACCUCCUCGACCCGAGUUGUGUGGUCUCUCAGCCCCCAAAGGAGCAGGUUAAAUGUUGCCCUGAGAUUUGUUUUUUCUGUUACUGUCUAUGUUGUUCUCUGACCUUAACCUUCUCAUGUUUCUUUAGCUAUUGCAUUGACUAUAUCAACGUGUGUGAGUACAUAGAGUGAGAAAUCUGUUUGUAAAGUAAAAUUUAUAUAUAAUAUAUGUAAUCAAGGAUACAUAUGUUAUAUAUACAUUUGUGGAUGUAUGACUUAUUUUUCCGUACCCACAGAAUUCCGCUACCAUGGAUAUAUAAAUAAACUUAUUUUAUUACCCAAA